AUGGACAUCCCACGCAUCAGAAGACGACUAGCAGAGCUAGCCACCAUUCUCUUCGAGAAGGGUCUCACGCCCAAUUGGAUCCCUGAGGAAGAAGAAAAACAAACGAUCAGUCUCUGGGCCGUAGUGAUCGAUCUUGAUCACCACUAUCAAGACCUUGAACACGUAUCGAAAGAGUUUCCCAGGGAAACAUUCAGAGGCAUCUCUCUGAACGAAGACAACAUCUGCCAGUUGGUAGAAAAGACCAGUGGUUUGCGAAAGUGUACUCAUGGAAGUGGCUGUGAUCACUGUGCACUACAGGUCCGAUUGGUUAUUGUCAAACUCCAGUUGUACACGAAGCAGCUGGUGAUUAGCUUGCGAGAAACAGUCCUACAAGAUGCAAACUUACAGCAUGAGUACUCCGAUAAUCCUUUGUUAAGCAUUGCGCCACGGCUCUAUAUGAGUCUCUCUUCAAGAAAUUCCACGAAUGACGUUGAUGCAGUGGUCAAUUUAUCUAACGAAGUCAUCAGGAUUACGGAAAAGAUUGCAGAGGGAAAAGUUCAAAACUUUGCACCUGAAGAGAAUCAAGCAUUCGAGAACACCAAAUUCGAAAAAACGACACAUUCUCCCAAGCUAGACAUGACCAGCGAGGUGUCCAAACUCGAGGCCUGCGAGAGCUGCAAGACUCCAGUUGGUAUCAUCGAAGACUUGGCAAGCUGUCGGCUGCAACUAGCCAAAGCCAGCGCAGAAACAGCAGAAUUAAAGAACGAACUGGUGGAACGCUUCAGAGCAGAACAAAAGUGGGACAAAGCAGCAGAAAUAUAUUUACAGCUUACCAGUUUCGCGAAAGCCCAGAUGAAAUCUCACAAACUAAUCCUAGCGGACGAAGAAUUCAUUCGGUGGGAGGAAGAAUAUCUCGAUAACCGAUACGAGCUCGCCGAAAUGUAUCGCAAGCUUGAGAAGAAUGAAGAGGGGCUGGAGAUAGCCAAGGAUACACACGAAAGACGAGCCAAGUUGAACAAAUUCAGUGCCAAUGAGAAGAAAAGUCACUACCAAUACUGCGUUUUUCUGCGGUCACUCAAAAGGUACGACGAUGUAAAGGUAGAAUAUAGGCGGAUAUGGCUGGAGGCAAAAGAGAUAGAUCCGGCAAGAGCCAUUGAGAACGGCUAUCAGUUAGGCUGUACACUCGAAGAGACACGCGGACCCUCGGUAGCCCUAGACAAGUAUUGGGAGGUUUUCGAUGAAGGAAGUAAAAGACUAGGCCUUGAGCGUAAGCUUAUGGUCGAAGUUGCCGAAAAGUUGAUUGCAGCGGCAGAGAAGGAGGGCGAGCCACUGGUUAGUAAAAGAAGCAUUGACGAUGUUCUUAAAGCAGUAUGGAACGCCAGGGCUGAGGCGUCUUUCGUUUCAACCAAUCUCUUGGCAAUUGGCUUCAAGUACGGUACACGACUUUUGAAGUCGAAAGACUACGAAUCGGCUGCAUCAGUUCUUGAGACCGUAUGGACGACUCGAAAUUCACAGCAAGGGGCAAAAGAUCUAGGUACUCUCGAAGCAGCUGAUCACUUAUAUGAUUCCUAUAUUGGAUAUAAAAAUUAUGAGGGUGCUGUAAAGGUGGGCAAGUGGAUUGUUGAAGUGAGAAGGAAGAAAUCGAAGACGAGUCUUGAAACAAUCAACUCGGAGCACUCGUUAGGCAAACAACUUGAACGAACUAACAGCUUGAAAGAUAGCGCUGUUAAUGUUAAGGGCGCGAGGUCCUAUCUCAAGGACUCCUGGGAUGCUCGGAAGAAACUACAAGGCGUUGACCACCUUCAGACACUAGAGAACGGCUUUGAUUAUGGCAAGGUUUUAUCACAACUGAAUGAAGUGGCGAAGGCUGAGAGCGUAUUCACGGAGGUAUGGAAGUUCUCCCAUGAAGUACUACUUAAGAAACAGCUCUCAAAAAAAGAGGAAGAUACCCUCCUUUCCUACGGCCUACGCUUGACUCAAUGUCUCGAACACCAACAUGAACAGAGAGAUAAAGCUAAGCUGGCCGCACAGGUCUGGGAACAGCUAGUCUUUCUCGAGAAAACUAAACCACCCAGCGCUGAGACCAACAGCCAUUUGCUGAAGUAUGGAAAAUGUCUAUUUCACAAUCAGAGAUAUGAAGACGCAUUGAAAGUACUGCGACAGGUGUGGGACGGGAGUAAUAUUGUGGGGCCGAGAGAUUCGGAUGAUGCACUUGACUCGGGGUAUUAUUCCUGUCUCUGUUGGUUAGAGAUGUCGAAAGAGCACAAUCAUUCCAGAGAUGAUCGUAAAGGAUAUUUUGGGAAUGCGGCGAAGAUAAUGAACGAAGUUAUUGAUCUGGCGACCAAAAAGAAUGUGGUGGGCCAAACUCCCGAGAAAUAUAUUGACGCAUGGGAUGCAGUUAAGCACCAUCACUGGAACAAAAGAGAAAAAGGAACAGGACGACGAAAACGUUGA